GGGUUGCGGCGGCGGCGGCGGGGGGAUGAGCGCGUCCCCCAUGGAGCUGCUGAAGAAAUGGCUGGGCCACCCCGAGGACAUCUACAACCUGCUGCGGUUCAAGAUGGGCGGCUACCGGGCCGUCAUGCCGCGGAUCGACCCGGAUUCGCUGGGACGCGGUCUCCGUAUCUGCUACCGGUACCUCAACCAGACCAGCCGCAGCUUCGCCGCCGUUAUCCAGGCCCUGGACGGAGAGCUGCGACAUGCCGUCUGUAUAUUCUACCUAGUUCUUCGUGCCCUGGACACUAUAGAGGAUGACAUGACCAUCAGCUUAGAUGUAAAGGUUCCAAUGCUGCACGAGUUUCACUCUUAUCUCUAUCAACCAGAGUGGAAAUACAUGGAGAGCAAGGAGAAGGACCGGCAGGUGCUCGAGGACUUCCCAACGAUCUCCAUGGAGUUCAGGAAGCUGUCAAAGGUCUACCAGGAUGUGAUUUCGGAUAUUUGCCACAAGAUGGGUGUCGGGAUGGCAGAGUUCUUGGAGAAGAAGGUGGACUCUCAGCAUGAGUGGGAUAAGUAUUGUCACUACGUUGCUGGGCUGGUGGGGAUAGGACUUUCCCGUCUCUUCUCUGCAUCAGAGCUAGAAGACCCUAUCGUCGGGCAAGACACGGAGCUGGCCAACUCCAUGGGCCUCUUCCUGCAGAAAACAAACAUCAUCCGUGACUAUCUGGAGGACCAGCUGGAGGGAAGGGAGUUCUGGCCCAGAGAGGUUUGGAGCAGAUACGCAAAGAAGCUGUCGGAUCUUGCCAAACCAGAAAACAUUGAUAUGGCUGUCCAGUGUCUGAAUGAGCUCAUCACCAAUGCCCUCCACCAUGUCCCUGAUGUCCUCACAUACUUAUCCCGCCUGAAAAACCAAAGUGUCUUCAACUUCUGCGCUAUCCCCCAGGUGAUGGCUAUUGCCACGUUGGCUGCCUGCUAUAACAACAAGCAGGUGUUCAGGGGCGUCGUGAAGAUCCGGAAGGGACAAGCUGUCACUCUAAUGAUGGAUGCCACAAACAUACAAGCUGUCAAAGCCAUCAUGUACCAGUAUGUGGAAGAGAUCUACCAGAAGAUCCCAAGCACGGACCCGUCGUCCAACAAGACGCAGCAGGUCAUCGCCUCCAUCCGCACCAUGAGCUUGCCCGGUGGCCCCAUGGCGUCGCGCCACCACUAUUCCCCCAUCUACCUGUCGUGUGCCAUGCUCCUGGCCGCCCUGAGCUGGCAGUACCUGAGCACCAUCUCCAAGGCCACCGAGGAGAUGGUUUUUAAAUAGGAACUCCAGUUGCCUCUUUUCUUGCUUGAGAUUUGAGACAACUUUUCCAGCUCAGAGCUGAGCAAAACAUGGGUUUUGCCUCCCUUUCUUAGGCAGCCUCUUCCCCAUCGCCUCUAGUGCCUGCUCCGCACUGGAAGGACACCGCUUCAGCUGGGAGAGGAACGUGCUUCCUUAUCCAGGGAAAAAGCUCUGGCCACCUUCUGGCCCUCAACCCAGGCUGGUUGACAUCCUGCAGCCUGGAAACAGGGAGAGGCAAUCUUCACAUUUCUGUUGUUGGGCUGAAGGAAGCUGCUAGGCUUGAAACGAGCCCUUUUCAUGUUAAAUAACAGAGGUGGGGUGCUCUGUCCACUUUAAUGUGCCCCUAGCUGAAAGCCAUCUAUUGCAGCUCCCUGCCCUCUGGCAGACGGCACCCUGCACUGGCAAAGCUUUGUGUUUUAGCAGCUGUGGGGGGUGGCUCAAAGGAGAAGGGAGCUGCUUGCGUGGCCCUGAGCUAAUAACCCCAUGCCUGACUCCACUGCAGGGUCUGGGGCUCUGCACCACUUCUUCAGCCCAAGGGCAGCGGUGAUCCCUGCCAUGGGCUGGGAAGGCUUGAGCCACCGAGGAGAUGGCCUGGGUGGGUUUCCCCGGCCCACUUGGCUCUAGCUCAGGAGGAUGCUUUGGGUUAGACGGACGUGUAACUGGAAGUGGCUUCCACUGCUGUUUUGAAACACAUCAGCCUGGACUUACAAGUGGGCUACGUACCUCCUGGGAACAGCUUGGGUGAGAAGAAACAACACUUUACAGGCAAGUCCCGUUUUCCUGGGGUGGAUUUUUGUUUUCUUGGUCCCUAUCGCCCCCAAAUGCUGCUUUGCCUUUGUGAAGGAGAGGAGAGCCUGUGUCCUGGUGCAGGACAGAGCUAAGUCUACCAGGUAUGGUGUGGUGGCCUUUGCAAGGCCAAGCGGACAUGGCCAGACUGUUACUCAGAGGGAGGACCCCUACUCCACAAGUACCAAUGUAGAUAGUUUUAAGCUGUUGUUCAAAUAAACUUGUGGUAGCUCUC